GACAUGGAGUGCGUCCGGCUUUUGAGGCAGCGGCUGCGGCCUGGCGUGCACUGUUUGUUUGGCAGGCGGCUCUGCUGCAGCUGCAGCCACCGCUACGGUCUUCUCCUGGGAGGGAGCUCGUGGCGCUUUCCAGGUGCGGCGGGUGGGGCGCCGCUUGGCUGCAACUCCGACAAAUGCCGGUGGCGCCGAAGCGGCGGACAGAGCUUUCUACUUUGCGCAUAUGCUCUUUCUCGACACUGCAGUACAGAGGUGACUCAGGCUACUUUAGCCAGUGUGGCACCAGUGUUUUCAGUGAUGAAAUUUGAUACAGAAGGCAAUGUUACCUCCUAUGAAAGAAAGAAAACAGAACUACAUCAGGAACUAAGUCUUCAAGCACGGGAUUUACGGUUUCAACAUCAAGUAAAUAUAACACCUAGGAACAACAAAAUUAUUAUGAGAAUGGAGUUUUUGAAGGCUGUGAUAACACCAGAGUAUCUUCUGAUCCUAGAUUAUCGCAAUUCAAAUAUGGAAAAAUGGCUGUUCCAAGAACUGGCAUCUCAGCUAGCUGGAGAAGGUCAACUAGUUACAUAUUCUUUGCCUUUUGAAUUCAGAGCUAUAGAAGCAAUACUGCAGUUUUGGAUCAGCUACCUGACUGGCAAACUUAGCCAUCUGCAGCCUCAAAUUCUUGAAACGCUGAAUGCUUUAGUGGAUCCUAAGCUUUUGUCCCUGGAUAGGAGUAAAGUCCAUAUCUUACUGCAAAAUGGAAAGAGUUUGUCAGAAUUAGAAACUGAUCUUAAAGUUUUCAAAGAGACAAUAUUGGAAAUCCUAGAUGACAAAGAAGUCAUGGAAGAACUGUGUCUGACUAAAUGGACAGAUCCAGAAGUAUUUGAGGCAAGUCUUUCUGGAAUUGACCAUGUGGAGGAGAUGGAACUGCUAUUGGAAAAUUACUACAGGCAGGCAGAAGAUCUUAUGAAUGAAACCCGGGAACUUAAAAUACUCAUUGAUGAUUCUGAAAGUAUCAUCUUUAUCAACUUAGACAGCCACCGCAAUGUUAUGAUGAGGUUAAACCUGCAGCUGACCAUGGGUACGUUUUCAAUCUCGCUUUUUGGAUUGAUAGGAGUAGCAUUUGGUAUGAAUUUGGAAUCAUCGUUUGAAGAGAACCAUGGAAUGUUUUGGCUGGUGACAGGAAUUAUGUUCCUAGGCAGUGGCUUAAUUUGGCGGCGCCUGCUUACAUUUCUUGGGCGGCAUCUAGAACCGUCAAUGCUUCCACCAAUGCCAACUUUAUUGAAAAAAGCGCAGUCAGCCAAUGGAAAAGUAGAGUUUAAGAAUGUUUUCAAAACAGAAUCCUUUGAGUCAAGCAGAAGUACAAUGACCAGCCAAUGACAUGAAUACACCAGGAUAACUUGAACUUGAGACUAUCAUCCUGGAUUUCGUUUUUUUAAAAAAUGUAGCAGCCUUUACCAUUUCACUGUGUUAUAUCCCAAAAAUACGAAGUUAAAAAUCUUCAGUAAUGGAGAGAAGACUUCAGAGUUUUGAAUACUACAGUAGAAAAUUUAAAUCAUGUAAAUGUUAAAAAACAACCUUUUUUUUUCUUUAACAAAUGCCUUCUGUGGGAAUUUUGAUAAAAUUUAACCUUUUGCCAGCAUAAGAAAACCAUGUCUACCGUAAUAAUAGUUUUACAUGUAUUCCUUCACAGACAUAGUUCAUAGAAGGCAAAAGUGUUGUUUAAAUUAUUUCUAAAGAGUAAGAUAUAUUUAUGUAAAAAUAGUGUUAUCUCUGAUAACAAAUUCUUUUUAUGAAAAUAAUAUACCAGAAUGUUAAUUUCAUGUUCUAUUGUUUAGAUUUAGUAUUUUGUAAAGAUAGUUUUAUUGCUAACUCUUCAGUUAUUGGAUUCCGAAAGGUAAAAAGCUUAUUUUACUCAGUUUUAUAUUUCUGUCAUAGCUACCAAAAAUAGAGUUACUAGUACUGUUUUAGGAUCCCCCUUUUUAAGGAGGCUUCAUUUGUUUGAGAAGUUUGUGGAGCCCCCUUAAAAAACAGCUUUCCAGAUUGUUGAGGCACUCCACGCUCCUCUUAACAACCUGCACAUUCAUUUAAUGAUUGCAUUGGUGAGAGCAGGAAUAGGGUUCGUUAAGUGAGACACUCAAUGGCUGUCAUGGCAUGUCACCCGUAAUGGGCAGGUUCCGUUAUGGUUGUAAGUGAAGAGUUAUCUGUACUUUUAUCUCAAUGCAGCAUCAGUCUCAUGACAGCUGUUGUAAUAUGACUUUAUUCAGAAUGGUUCCAAAAUGCUACUCAGUCAGAAAAACAGUACUUACUGCUUGCUUUGCAUCAAAGGCAAAUUAAUAAAUCUGCCGUUGUCUAGAUCAUUUAACUUAAGAUGGUAUGUUAAUUAUUAUCCUAAAUAGUAUCAAGAAAACCUGAUUCACAGUAGGCAAAAUUGGGAAUGAAUUGGUUUGGAGGAUAAGCUGCAAUAGUAUUAGCUUAGGUUCUUCCUUUAUUGCAGGAUCCCAUCUGGGUUGGUC